GCAAUGCCAAACUAGCCGCGGUUCCAGGCACUGCCUCUUGCAAAACGUGUGCUUGCUUCAGCCUUUCCCUCAACUGUCCCCCUAAAGUAACUGAAGCUCAGAGGAAUUUCAGCCCGUGGCAGAGCCCGCAUUUGCAAUAAACUUCAUUUAACUGCCCUUGCAAUACAGUGCCGGUGCCCAAGGGCAUACCAGCAAGCAUUUGCCGCAGUCGCUGCUUUGGUGGAAUUCCAGCGGUAACAGUGACGCACCAUUUCCACCGCGGUUUCGUCUCUUCAGAGGAUUGUGCGUGCUUUAAUUAGGAUUUUACGUGUUUCUUUGAGGUGGCGAGAGCCAAGGGCCAAGAGUAACAAAUGACUGUCGGGUGUCCGUGUUUCUAUUCCUGGCGGGGAGAGCUUUAAAGCAACAGAAAAGCGGUGCGUGGUGCCUAAAGCUGCACCCAGCAAUGGAGGGGCCGAAGGGAACCGAGAACAGCACCUCCGGGAAGGCUCUGUGCCCUCUCGUGGAAAGCUAUAAAUACAUCUUGUUACCCCUCACUUACAGCUCCGUCUUCGUGCUGGGGCUGCUCCUCAACGGAGCCAUGCUGCGGCUCAGCUGCCGCCGCGCCAGCUGGACCUGCACCACCAUCUACCUGGUGAACCUGGCCGUGGCCGACCUGCUCUACCUCUUCUCUUUGCCCUUGCUCGUCGUCAACUACCUCCUGCGGGACACGUGGCCCUUCGGAGAGCUGCUCUGCAAGCUGGUACGUUUCUUGUUUUACGCCAACCUGUACGGCGGCAUCCUGCUGCUGACCUGCAUCAGCAUCCAUCGCUUUCUAGGCAUUUGCUACCCCAUCCGCUCCCUACCCUACCGGACCCGGCGCCUGGCCGCUGCCGGCACAGCCACGUCCUGGGCGCUGGUGUUCCCGCAGCUCCUGCCCACCUUCAUCUACGCUCGCACCGGCGUUAUCGAUAACCGCACCGUCUGCUACGACAUGACGAGCCCCGAGAACCUCGGCAGCUAUUUCCCCUACGGCGUGGCUCUAACCGCGUCUGGUUUCCUCUUUCCUUUCCUCGUCAUUUUAGCCUGCUAUUGUCUGAUCAUCAGAAGCCUCACGCGACACGCCGGAGACGCCAACCCCGCCGGCAGCGCUGCCCGAGCCAAGUCGAUCCGAACCAUCCUCCUCGUCUGUGGGCUUUUCGCGGUCUGUUUACUGCCGUUCCACAUCACCCGCAGCGUCUACCUCUUCGUCCGCGUGUACCGGGUAGCCGACUGCCAACUCCUGCAGCGCUGGAGUUUGCUUUACAAGAUCUGGAGGCCACUGGUGAGCCUCAACAGCUGCAUCAACCCCCUCCUCUACUUUCUUUCUGGUCAAUCUAACAGAGCCAGGCUGGCUUUGGAGCUGAGACUGCCCAAGGCAGGUCCUCUUGCCAGGCCUGCCACGAACGCAGAGGGGACAGACGCCCCAACAAGACCUGACCCUUGCUGAGGAAGCACAUCCCUGCUGCCCUCGCGUAGCGCUGCAGAUUCGUUCCACUUCGCCGGGUGUGAGGCUUGGAGAAGAGCCAUAAAACUCACCUGCACAAUAAUUAAAAAGUAUAAUUACGAUUUCCCCCAGAGUGAGGGCAAACCGUAGUGAGGUCAAAUUUGGGUGAAGAACACAGGAGGUGUUUUUAUAAAGGACCGAGAGGCAAGUUGUCAUCAUUACCUGGGCCAGCUGUGACUAAAUAAAGCUGAAAAACACCCUUUCCAAAAGGCACAUCUACUGCUUCUAGUUGUAAAGAGGG